AUGCCGCUACCUAACCUUGAUUCCUUAAAAAACAUCGCCGUCGGGAAAGACAACACAAACAAGCAACAAAUUGUGCAUAUUUUGAAGGGAAUCACGGAUCACGAGGUCCCACCAAAGCCAAAGCAUAUUCGUGGAAUUAUUUUAGCUACGUUUAAUGGAAAGUCAUCGUCAUUUUUUUAUGAGACCGCACUUAAACUCGCCAUAUACACUAACCCUGUAGUAUGCUGGAAGUUUUUAUAUGUUAUCCAUAAAUUGUUCCGAGAUGGGCAUCGUGAAUGCGUAAGUGAUGGACUACGUCACGCAACCAGAGUUUCCCAAUUGCAGUCCGCCUGGAGUAAUCAUGCGACAAAGUGCGGAUACCCGAUCGUGGAUUUUUGUCAACUAAUAACCCGAAAAAUCAGUUUACACAGAAAGUAUGGAGUGUUACCUGGAAGUCUGGAGCUGACUCCUAGUGAGUUGAAGAGUUGUCUUUCUGCACAAGUAGACCACUUAUUUCAAUUUAGUGUCGAUCUUAUGGAUAUGCUAGAAGAAACAUUACGCUUCAAAGACGUUGUGCUCCUUUCUUUGGAGGGUAUUCAAGCCGCUUCCUUCACUCCCUCUGGUCAAUGUAAACUUCUUCCACUCAUUCAAUGUAUUCAAGAUGCUGCAGCACUCUAUGAGCUAAGCGUACAAGUCAUCUUUAAGUUACAUGAAUUAUUAGGCAAUGGAACAAUGUCUGGUCACAGAGAAAGAUUCAGAGAUCUCCACAUUUCUGUCAAGAAAUUUUUUGAAAAUGUAUCUCACAUGCAAUACUUCCGUUCAUUUGUUCAAAUACCUUCAAUAUCCCAGAAUCCACCGAAUUUUUGUGUUCAGUCAGAACUGAGUGAACAUACUACACUUAGAGUUACGAUGAAUGAAUCACCAUCAUUACCUCCACCACUACCACCAUCUUCACUGUUGUCAUCGACGGCAGUACUAGUAGAUGAAAGGAACAUUCCACACUCAGGUGAUGAAGAUUCUUGUGAAUUAGCCAUUGUACCUAAGGUCAUACCACAAAUGUGUCCAACCAAAUUAUCAACUGAAAAACAGACACUAAUAAAAUUGGGUUCUGAAAAUACGGAUUUGAAUGAGAAGACGGUCAUGAUGUCAAAAGAAAUGAAAAUGGAUCCAAGUGUCAAUGAUAAACAUCGUCAUAUUAAUAACAGUAAUGUUGAUGAUAAUAAUAAUUCGAAAAUGAAUUGGAACCCAUUUUUUGAUAAUUCGAUUCAAUUAAAUAAUCAUGUACUAUCAUCCUACCAGACUCAUGUAACGGAUGAAAAACAUGAAGUCCUCAUUGAAGUGGAGUUGUUGAAGUCUGAAAUAGAAAGAUUAAAAGCAGAGCAUCAUGAACAGUCUUAUUCACUUUUGAAUCGCAUACAAAUAUUAGAAGAUGAAAUCAAAGAACUUGUACAAUAUAAGUCUAAUCAUGAAGAGCAACAAGUGAACUAUGAGACGAAAUUAACUGAAAAAGUUUGUCAAGCUCAGUUGUUUGAAGAGAAAUUUUUAAAAUUAAAAGAAGUCUAUACUAAACUACGUGAAGAACACGUUGUUCUAUUGAAAAAUUAUGGCAAUAUACAACAAAAUUUACAACAAGAAACUCAAAAGAAUCAAGAUUUAGUAAAAACAAUUGAAAAUCUCCGUCACCACCAAACGUCCUCAUCACUAGGUGAAGUUGAAUCUUCGUCUACACCUGGAAAUCAAACUGAGGAAUCGGUCGUUCAAUGUUUAAAAUUACAGUAUCAAUUGAAUGCCUAUGAAUCGAAAUUCGAAUCUAUAAACACUGAGAAAGAUCAACUUGCUGUAGAGCUUUCUCUAAUCAAACAAAAAUCUUCUUUAAAUGAAGAGAAGCUUUCAGAAAGUCAACAAUUAAUAAAGAAUUAUGAAAUGAAAAUUUCUAAAUUGACUAGUGAAUUGCAAAUUUUAAAUGAUCAAAUUAACCCAGAGAAGUCAUUUGCAGUCAAGGGAAAUUAUACAUGCAACGGAAAUACUUUCGCACAUAUUAUUGAUGAUAAAGAUUGUAAGAAUGGUGAAUUAACAAUGCAUGUAGAUAAAUUUAAACAAAUGCUUUUAAAAAAUACCAUUGAGCAGAUAUUAUGUGUAUUACAAAGUAAUCGAACUAUUGGACAAUCACCUGAAUUUAUAGAAGUAUAUAUACAUUGUUCUCCAACAUACCUUUUAAAUCAUUUAUCACAAGUUAUUAAUGAUUUUAAUUCAUUUGAAUCUGCAUUAACUGACUACUUGUCCGAUAGUGAAAAAGAAUUGAUUCAAACUUUAUAUUACAUUGGUCAGCUAAACUCUCAGUUAUCCUUGUUAUCUCUCUUCUCUAAAUCGAUACGCCAAUCAAAUGUUGCAAGUGAUUCUUCAUACAACUGUCUACAUAAUGUAGACUUAAUUCAAAGUGAAUUUAUGGAAUUGCUUAAUGUUCUGCUACAAAUCAACAGUAUUGAUCAGGAUCAUAUAAAUUGUAAUCACGAUAAAGACGAUUAUUUCAAUCGAAUCAAAGAGUAUUUAUCUAUGAUUCGUAAUCAUUUAAAAUCUAUGUCUAUUGAAGUAACUAAUUUACCAAACUAUCUGUCAAAUGAUAACAGUAAUGAUGACAUUAUGUCGUCGACUGAUGUGAUACAAAAAGAAAUGGAAACCACUUUUGAGGCUAUCACGGUUGCAGAACAGAAGUUCCAGGGAUUAAUUGCGGAAUCUAAAAAAAAUUCAAUCAACAAUGAAAAUCUUCAAGUGAAUUCACUCAUAUUAGACUGUUGUUCUGAAUUGUUACUUUGUGUUGGUGAUCUAGUGAAACAAUCUAAGUUGAUUCAACAGGAGUUUGAGGAUUCGCCAGCGUCCGUUGAGUUUUAUAAACCUUAUAAUCGUUGGACCAAGGGUCUUUUAUCGGCUGCUAAGUUUGUCGGUGCUAGUGCUAAUGUCAUGGUUGAAAUAGCUGAUUCCAUAGUUUGUGGAAAAGACGUAAAAUUAGAGCGAUUAAUCGUAAUUUCACAAGAGAUAGCUGCUAGUACAACUCAAUUGGUUUAUGCUACUCGUGUAAAAACUACUUCACAAUCUGAAAUGUUCAAUAAAUUACAAUUAACUAGUAAAGAAGUAUGCAAGUGUACUGGAAAUUUAAUUGCAUGUGUAAAAAAGGCAAUUGAAGCAAAACAUAUAGAAGAACUUGAUUUUAGUAGUCUUACAUUAACUCAAGCAAAACGUAUGGAAGUUGAACUACAAGUGAAAAUUAUUGAAUUAGAAACAUCGUUAACAAAUGAACGACAACGUCUAGCUCAAUUAAGAAGAGAUAAUUAUCAGUUAUCAGCUGAAGUAGAGUUGAUCAACGAGAGAUAA